CUGUGAGAGGAGGAGAUGGUUCCGUGGGGGUGUGGGAACAGCUCUGGAGCGCUGGGAGCACGUGCAGGGCUGCCGUGUGUGGUUUGUCUCCUGGGAAUCUCCGUGUGGGCAGGAGACUCCAACGAGCCGCGGCUUCCUCCUCGUCCCAGCCCUGGGCGGCAGCUCGGGCGCGUCCUGUGCUGCUGGUUGGAACGGCAGCCUGCCUCUGCAAAGUGGUACGACCGGAGGGACUACGUUUUUAUUGAGUUCUGUGUUGAAGACAGCAAAGAUGUUAAUGUAAAUUUUGAAAAGUCCAAACUCACGUUCAGUUGUCUUGGAGGAAGUGAUAAUUUUAAACAUUUAAAUGAAAUCGACCUUUUUAAUAAUAUCGAUCCAAAUGAAUCGAAGCAUAAAAGAACAGACAGAUCCAUCUUAUGUUGUUUACGAAAAGGAGAGUCUGGUCAGGCAUGGCCAAGGUUAACAAAAGAGAGGGCAAAGCUCAACUGGCUCAGCGUGGACUUCAACAACUGGAAAGACUGGGAAGAUGAUUCAGAUGAAGACAUGUCCAAUUUCGAUCGCUUUUCCGAGAUGAUGAACAACAUGGGUGGAGACGACGACGUAGAUUUGCCAGAAGUAGAUGGGGCAGAUGAUGACUCACCAGACAGUGAUGAUGAAAAAAUGCCGGAUCUGGAGUAAGGAAAACUGUCGUCUUCAGGGUUUUGGGGAAAGAACUUCAUCACAACAUUUCAUAAUUGAGAUAAGAAUUCCUGAGUUGAUAGCCCUAAAGGGAGAUCCUGCAUCCUUUUAACCCAUUUUCAGUCCAUUUUAAAUGGCUUCACUGAUGGUAGGUGUGUCCCAUGGCACGGGGCGGUCUUAAGCCACGAGAGGCAAUAACGUUAUGCAUGAACCGUUUUCCAGACUUCCAAAAAAAAAACCCACAAAAAACAAAACAACCCCCCCAAUUGAGGUGUAGGCAAUCCGUACAGAACAGUUGCAAUAAAGUUUACAGAGCCUCCUUGCCUCGUAGCAGAUGUAAUUGCAAUGGGAGAACCCCUCAAUUUACGCCAAAUGGUUAACGAGCAUUUUUUCCCCCCCUUCCUCCUCCUCCAUGGCCUGAAAUUGUCCGUUUGUACUGGGAACAAAACUUGUUGUCAUUGGCUCCCCAAAUCCAGCAGGCGAGGCAACAUCCCCCUGUGGCGUCUUCAGGUCUGUUCCACUAAAGUUCGUAUUGAAAAGGAAAACCUAAAACUCCUCCUAGUUUGGUGUUGGGCCCCCACCCCCCCCGAGCGGCGCCGGUGGCCGGAGCCUGUCCCUGGUUCCAUGUGACCCCCCCAGAGCUCCCCCCUCCUCGCCCGGGGUGAGUGGCUGUACAUUGUUUGCUUUGUCAAUCUGUACAUUUAGACCAAAUCGUAUUUGCACUGUGGGUUUGGCAGCGAGUGACAGACCGUGGGGCCUGCGACCGGGCUGAGAAACCUCAAUUUAUGUUCAGAGCAGCUGGGAUUUUUUUAAUGUCUGCAUUCUUUCUAAUAAACUGUUGAAGACUCCCCUGGC